AUGCUUGAAAUUGCUGAAUCUCAAAUUAAUAAACUUCCUUCUCUUUGGCAAAAUAUAACAACUCAACGUGAUUUCAAUACUUUAAAAUUUGUUGAAAUUCUAACAUCUUCUGAUUUUCCUGAAGUCGAAGCACGUAAAUGGGUUGAUGACAGAUAUCCCUUAACUAUACAGGUUCACAAUUUGUUUGAUCUACUAAAAAUUAUCCAAUACGAGAUAAUAAUCUUCGGAUCUCCAGAACCACUUAUUGGUAGCAAGAUCCACUCCCAACAACCGUACUAGAUAAAGUGUGAACUUAAUUGCCCACUAUACUGGAAGUGGGACUAGCUCGGAUUUUCGAGGAGCCAACGCCACGGGGGGGGGGCGGAUGUGGAAGAUCUCUCAAAUUCCCCGACUUUCGGGGACAGGGACCG